AUGUUUGUUCGAGUUGUAACUAGUACGCUAUAUAACGCUUCCGAGGGAGAAUAUUUCAAACUAGGUAUACCAACUGUGAGGAAUUGGCAUAAUAUUAUAUUUUUGCCUCCUAGUACUGGAAAAACCACCUUGAUUCGUCAAAUAGUGACUAAAAAUAAAAACUUCUUUCCUCUUUUUAUUGAUGGCCGUGCAGGACAAUUUGAUACACCAGCAAAUGUAUAUAAUUCAAUUAAAUCAGAAUUCAAAUCAUUUAUUACAGCUCAUAGGGAUUUUUUGGAAAGGAUUUUAGGAAGUAAAUUUAAAAUGAGUUAUAGUCAUUUAGAAACAGAAUUUAAUUUUAGUAAUACCAAAGAAAUUUCCUCUAUUAAUGUCAGAAGUUUACUUAAUGAUAUUAAGAAUUGUCUUCAACAAUAG